CUUAUGCUCCUCGCCAAAAGUCGCUUCUUGCCCCGCACUCAAAUCGAAAACUCAAAUCUUGCACAACGGCUCCACAUCUAACUGCAUCCAUCUCUAAUCGGGAAACAACGAUCGUGUGAAUCUACUGUCGCGUCAAAAAUCGUUAAUUUAAAUCCUCAAAGAAAGGAAAACCUACCGUUUGAUCAAAGAGUUCAAGUUUCCGUUUUUAUUGCUGAUCUUCAAAAUAUGCAAUUUGUGAAACUAUUUCGAAGUUGGAAAUUAACGCGUCAAGAUGAAGCGUAGAAAGAGCAGAAACAAAGCCACAGAACUGGAGUCAUGUCAUGGGAUUGUUAUAUAAGGGUUCCAAACUCCUGAACAUAAUUCUGGAUUCCCUGGAAGAUCAAGAGGGUGGAGCUAUGUACAUAUCGUGCGAUGUCUCAAACGGCGGUCCUGUGGAACCAGAGACGGGCUAUGUGCCCAACAAUCCCCUGUUCGGCCUGGCGCUGGACAGCCCGCAGCAGGAGUGCGCCGCUUCCUGCGUCGGCUGUUUAUCCUGCCAGGGCAGCACCGCCCUGCCCAUCUCCUCGCUCACCAGCAGCGACUUCGACUGCGGCGGCUGCUUCGAUCCCACGAUCGGAGUGGGCGUGGGCAUCGGUGGCGGCCACAUCCAGAUCAGCACCACACCGCCGGCGAGCAGCGGCAACGGGAGCAGCAACAACGGUGCUGGAGGCGGCUCCUCCGGGAACCACGGCUACUGGAGCACCGACGAGAUGGCCUCCACAUUCCCCGGCCUGCCGCCGCUGGACAUUGAUCCGCUGCCCAGCCUCUUCCCCUUCUCUCCCUGCGGCGCCUCCUACAACUUUGCCGCCGGCAAUCCGCACCAGGCUUCGCUCUCCUACACGGUCCAUCCCCACCAGAUGCUCAUCUCGCCCAAUUCCCACAACCAUGGCCAGAUGCACUCUCAGCACCAGCAGCAGUCCCAGAACCAGGCAUCGCACGUCGGCAACUCGGUCCUCCAGAGCAGUGGUGGCGGCAACAACAUGGCCAGCAAUGGAGGUGGCUCCAGUGGAGCGGCUAAUUCGGCUGCCUGCUACUAUGAGACGGGAGGUGGAACCGCCGCCCCUGCUCCUCCGCCGGCGGCUGCCAUGUAUCCCAGCAUGAGUGUGAAUGUCAGCAUGAACAUGACCAUGCACCAUGGUUAUGGAGCCGGGGACGCCAGUGGAGUGCCGAUGCAGUGCUCCCAGAUGAACUGGACGCCACCGAGCAACUCCACCUCGGCGGCAGCAGCAGCAGCAGCGGUGAAUGUUCUGUAUCCCCCGCUCCUGAGUCCCGGUCACUAUCCCGCCUCGGCCACGUACUCCUUUACGGCGGACUUCCGGGCGCCGGCUCCCACGGGAUUGGGUUCCUUGCCACCGCUGACGGUGGGAGAAAAGGAGUCGCCAUCGCCGCCGUCCAACUCCGCCUUGGGUGGCUACUAUCCCACGGCCGUGAGCAAUCAGGGAUACACGCCGCCACACAAGAGUCCGAGUAGCUUUCACCAGGCUGCGGCCCUGGGAUUAAGUCUCUCCGGAUUCGAGGAUGAGGAGGACAGCAACGAGGAUCUGGACGGGGACGAGGGCAGCAGUGGCGGCGAGAUGAAACCCAAUCUGUGCCGGCUGUGCGGCAAGACCUACGCCCGUCCCAGUACGCUCAAGACCCAUCUGAGAACCCACUCCGGCGAACGACCCUACCGGUGCCCCGACUGCAACAAGAGCUUCUCCCAGGCCGCCAACCUGACGGCCCAUGUACGCACACACACUGGCCAGAAGCCGUUCCGAUGCCCCAUCUGCGACCGGAGAUUCUCGCAAAGCUCCAGCGUCACCACGCACAUGCGCACCCACUCCGGCGAGCGGCCCUACCGCUGCUCCUCCUGCAAGAAGUCCUUCUCCGACAGCAGCACCCUCACCAAGCACCUGCGAAUCCACAGCGGCGAGAAGCCCUACCAGUGCAAGCUCUGCCUGCUCAGGUUCUCGCAGUCGGGAAAUCUCAAUCGGCACAUGCGCGUCCACGGCAACAACAACAGCAACAAUGGCAGCAAUGGUGGCACCGGAGUUGGGGGCGAGUCCUCCGCCGGAAGCGGCAGUGGGGGUGGCAACAGCCUCCUCACAUGACAAAAGCCACGCAGUGCAGGCGGUUUCCAGCACUACCACCCCCCGCACUCACACCACAUGCACCACCAUCACCACCACGCCCACGCCCAUGCCCACAUGGGCAACUACGACUACGGGAACUACAGCAUCGGCGAUUACACUCCACCCGGAGCCACACAAAACUAUUCAGGGUAUUAUUUCUGCGCACUCAACAAGCCGCCCAAGUUCGAAAGAUUCUACUAGGGUCUUGGAAUCGAGGUAUACUGAUAGGUAGUAUCUACCAAAAAAUAGCCCUGAACAAAGGAAGAAAUGGAAUUCUGCGGAUUUCAAAAGAUUCCAUAAUUCUUGAAACUGAAAUCUUCUAGAAUUAUAAAAUGGGAUCUAAAUAUGUGAGUAUCUACGCGCUGCAAUAUAAUCAAAAACAUCAUAAAUGAAACUUCGUAAACCAAUAAUAAGGAUGAUUUUCUAUAGACAAAUAUUCCGGGUUCCUUAUAAGUGCUGAUAUACUCAUUCCCCAGAUCCUCCCCCAACUGCAGUUAAAAAUGCUCAAAUAUAAAAUGUCUAUUGGAUCGCGGAGAAUCGAACAAAUGUAGGCCUAAGAGCUGCACUGUACAUACUUAUACAUAUUGUAUUUAUUGUAUUCGCCUAGCAUAAUAAUGUAUCGAGUCCAAGUUAGUUCAUCAUAUAAUAAGGUAGUUGAAAACACGCAUAAAUCUAUUCCAAAUUAGCCAACGAACUAGGAUGUAAGACGGAUAUGAGUACGAAUCAUAAGACCAACCAACACAGCAGCACCCAAAACGAGAAUAUUAAAAUUGGAAUUGCCACGGCAUGAUACACAUUAAUACCUAUACACGAAUAUGAUUAUAGGCUUAACAUAGAUGUAGAUGUAAGACAGGUGCUUUGAUUUAAGCCAAUUUUGAGUAUAUCAAAGAAAACUAUAAAUAAACAUGAAAUUUAAACAGUA